ACUGGAAGGCCUAGGUUUGGCCUGAGGCAUGUUUCACGCAUCCCCUCCCCCACUCCUUAAUCACUUAUCCCCCCCUCUCCGCCCUUCUAACCACACAACCCCAACUCCCGCAUAUCUGUUACUCCAUCCCUCGAACACGUUCCUCUGGUUUAAUAUUCAGCUUAAACUCAAGAGAAGAAUGAGUAAGGCUGAGUAUCUUGUUGUCGAUUCUGGAGGUUUCAUCAAGAAUGCUCCGCUCCGGGAGCUAGGAACCAACCUUGUUACUCUGUAUGAUGUGAUAGAUGAGAUCAGAGAUAAACCAACAAGACAGAGACUCCAGACAAUUCCUCUGGAUUUGCAGUACAGGCAACCAACAUCUCAGGGGCUUAAAGUCGUGACGGAGUUUGCUAAGAAGACCGGAGACUAUGCUAGCCUCUCUGCAACAGAUCUCAGGGUCCUCGCUGUAACAUACGACCUUGAGUCUGAGAAAUGUGGAGUAGCACACCUGAACUCGGAGCCGGUGACCAAGAAAACUGUUGAGUUUUAUAAACCCGCCAAAGGUAUUCCCGCCGGUGACAAGAAUAUCGCGGGUUUUUAUAUUCCAGAAAGGGGGGAUGGCUCCGGCAAGGUUCGAACUGAAGAAAAUUUCUCCGCCUUUCAGUUCUGGAGAGAACCUCUACCUGAUAUUCCUUUGGAUUUUGAAUUGGAGAAUCCUAAACCAGGAAACCAGGAAGAAGAAUCCUCUGCCUUCUCCUGGUCUGAGCUAGAAAGCCUGGAUCUAUUCUUGAAAGAACGAAGUUUUAUUUCAUCCUUUGAAAUUUCCCCGGUAGAUUUCUUUCUAGUUCGUCUCCUAGAUUCCGUUGAUGUGAAGGAUUUGUGUAAUUUAAAACGUUGGAUUCAUCAUGUCCAAUCCUAUCCAGCUCAACAACAGGAGCAGCCAACUCCAAACCUGUCACUUGAACUUAUCAAAAGAAAAAUAUCUCAGGGUUCGGAUUUCGGAGUUGAAGAGGUGAGUGAGGAGACAUCGGAGCAGGAGUGGAACCAAGAGAACGAAUCCUCAGACGAAGGAGUUAUCAUGGAGGACGACUCCGACAAAGAAAACGAUGAUGAGGAUGAUGAUGAUGAAGGUUGGAUUACUCCGAGUAAUCUCAAGGAGAAAAAAGCAUUACUUGUUGGAAAUAAGAUCGAAGAGAGUCGAGUAGAGGUUGCUUGUAUUACAACAGAUUUUGCAAUGCAGAAUGUUCUUAAGCAGAUUGGACUCAAUAUAAUCGGUGCUAAUGGGUUGAUCAUUAAGGAGACCAAGACAUGGAUUCUGAGAUGUUACUCCUGCACUAGAACAACACCGCUCCUGGAGAAAAAGUUCUGCCCCAAGUGCGGAAACAAAACCUUGAAAAGAGUAAGUGUAACUCUGAAUGCGGACGGAACCCAGCAGAUUCAUAUUUCUACCCGGAGACCACUCUCAACCAAAGGAAAGAAGUUCUCUCUGCCUGCUCCCAAGGGCGGAAAGCAUUCCUUUAAUCCUAAACUUACCGAGGACCAAAGGGAUGCGCAGCAAAGGUUGAGCAAGAAAGCAAUUCAGAAGAAUAAUCCAAUGGACCCGGAUUAUAUUGCCGGGAAUUCUCCUUUCCUGACGAAGGACGUCACGAGUAAAUCUGCUGUUCUGGGUCUCAAGGGAGCUGAGAUGGGUCAAGCAAAACCAACCGGAGUUUACUGGACGAAAAAGAAUCCCAAUGCAGGAUCUAAGAACACCGGUAACAAGAGGAAGAAAUAAAAAUCACGAAUAAAACAGAACAAACUUAUUUUUAAAUUUUGUUAGCUUAGCACGCUUGCAUUUGCUUCUCAUGCCUUCAGAUUAUAAAUAAAUUUUUUUCAGA